AAAAAACGCAGAAUUCCGUUUAUGCAUGCCAAUUCGUAUGUAUCAGGGUCCACCGCCGCCGUCUGCAAAGAUGUUCCACACCCCCUCAUGCGCUUGUUGACGUUCAAGGAACCACCGGAAGUCGAGGCAGCCACACCGGUUCCUUCAGGAUCGGCCCUGGAACCCAACAAUUGGGUGUCGGAAACCGAAGCCUCUGAUUGCCUAGAUUUGCAGGAGAUCAGUCAAGAAGGUGAGACAGCAGGGGAUUUUCCGGGGGAAGCGCUGGCUAAGGAGCCGACGGGAGCAAUAUCCGGUGCACUGUUUUGUAUGGUAGCAUCAAACGUCACUUGAUGAAGCACAGCUAACGACGCCCAAUAAAAUUAUUAGUGUGCU